AUGGAGCGUGAAUCAGCGAUGGGGAAUUCAUUCAGGGCCCACUUCAACGACUAUCUCGGCAGCAACGUGACGCACGUCGCCAACGCCUACUCCCGAUCCAAAGACGAGAGGCUCUGGCUCUGUUACCAGACGGAGGAGCUGGAACUGAAGGCCUUGCAGCUGGAACUGAAGGCCUUGCAGAUCUCGGCCGCUGCGAGCGGGGAACCCAUCCUAAAAGCCGAUUGGCAGAAGUCGACCAAGAGCAGCUGGCAGUCGAUUGCGUACCGCGAUUUCGUUAAGAUCCGCAGGAACAACGCGUUCUGUUACCUAACGGUCGUUACUCACGAUAACAAAUUGUUGUUCCAGAAUCAUGAAGUCGAUGCGAAUCGCUCCAUCAUCAUCGACAGCAACGGAACCAUCAAACCCCAAAAGUAUGGGGGGCCGAUUUGGGAGGAUGAAGGGGGAAAAAACCACUAUCCUAAGUGAUUGCAAGAAAUUGCCCAAUCAGGCAAUUUAUUGCCAGAAAUUACCCAAUCAGGCAAUUGAUUGCUAGGCGAACCGUAAAACGAACGGAGAAUUUGGCAUUCAAUGAAAGGCAUUUCGGAC